AUGCUAAUAUUUGAUGAGGAAAUAGGUUGGAAUUCUGAUACUUGGGAUAUUAGAUGGAUUUAUUUGAUACCGGUUUCCGAUUUGAUAGGGGGCGGAAAAGUGGUUAUGGUUAGUUUGUUGUAUACUUAUAUCGGUGAAGAGGCGGAUGCUGAGGGUGAAAAUGGGGGUUUAUCCUCUACCUUAUACCGUCUCAUGGCUCUACAACUUUUCAGUAGUUUCAAAGCUCUUUCAUUCGCAGGCUUUCUGUUGAAGUAUGAAUAUGGUGUUUGGGUUCUCUGUGCGCUUGCGGUUGGAUUCCGGAUUCUUUCCAUUGGAAUUGCGAUGCUUUUACCUUCGGGAAAAUUCAUCGAGUCAAAUGCCAACACACAGAGUUUAGAAAGAAAUACAGGUAUGGAAAGGGGGAGGUACAGAGAUUCCAUCGACGAAGAAAACGAGCAAGACGACGAUUCAGAAACCAUACCAACUUCAACAAUUCGCGACACCUCAUCCGUAUCAUCACCUACGAAUACAAACUUUUUUCCAUCACACACGAAACGAAAUUCUCGCAUUAAUCUGCAAACUUCAUUUCUAUCUCUAGUUUUUCUCGUCACUUUCUCACUAAAGAUUCAUAUCCUUUACCCUCAAUUCACUAGUCUGUCGCAAAAUCUUCCAUACAAUGUUACUACUACCAUUUACAGUUUUUGUUUAUUGGGUUCAAGUAUCCUACUAGUCUUUCUCCCACGAAUCAUAAAAUUCAUGAAUCGAAGAAGAAAAUUACGAGUCUUUUUGAUUCGCAACGAAGAAGGAAAUGAAUCGGGAAUUGAAGAAAGAGAAGGAAUAGAAUGUAAUGAGGAAAAUGACUUCUUGAUUUUAAAAUGGAGUUUGCUGGCUAAUAUUAUGAGUUUAAUACUCUUGGCACUUCCAACGACAAGAGGAGCAAUAUUCUGGUUGGCUAUUGGAGGAAGUGUGAUGGGGAGUCCGGUGCAAGUUGCUUUACUUGCUUGGGGGAGUGGUUUAGUUUCUGAUUCGGGCCCAGGAGAUUCUGAUAAUUUUGAGGAAGAGAAUAAUGUGAGAGAAGGGAGAUAUAUAACUUCCGUUCGAGGUUUGUUACAAGAUUUGGAAACGGAAGUGGAUGAAAUCAAUUGUAAAGGAAAAGGGAAAGGAAGUGGAAGAUCAGAGAUGGAAAAAUUCUAUGUGAGAAUGGGGAUAUUGGAACAAGUAGGUGCUUGUUUGGGGACGGGAGUAUGGAGUUUAGGAUUUGCGAAAGGGAUGGGUGAGAAUGGUGGAUUUAUCGAUUUUUCACGAUGGGAUACAAAGGGAUGGAUAGAUGAGAAGGGUGGGUUUGCUUUGGCAGCGGGAUUGUUAGGUUUGGGAUUGCUGGUCGCUGUGAGAUUGGAAAGGAAAAUUGGGAGUGAGAGUCGAGAGGGAAGUAUCGUGCUUUUGUAG